AUGAGACUGUUAUUACCAGCAACACAAAUUCAAGUAUUAGGUAAAAUAAAACCAUCAUCUGAUCUACAUAUUAUACAUCUAAAAGAAGUUAAAUCACCACAUCCCUUAUUGCAGUCAUCAUUUAGUACAUUAUCGAUAACAUCACUAACGGCACCAAAUCCAAUAGCUCAGGAUAUAAAAGUAGCAGCAAAAAAUGGAAGCAAUUCAGCGUCGGUGACCGAGCUAUACGAAAAUAAACCAUUAAAAAAGACUCUAGACACUAUGAAAGGUUCGCCAGCAUUAAAUUUGUCGAAGAAACAGUUAAAUGAUGAUGAUACGAAGAUUGUGGCUAACGAUAUUAAAAUAAAUAGUACACGGAGUAAUAUAUCGUUAAAUGAUAACCAAAUAACGUCAAUUGGUGCCCAGUAUUUAGCUAAAGCAUUUCAAACAAAUACAACGUAA